AUGACUGUACAACUGUAUACUGGAGCUGCUAUGCCACUUAUUGGGCUAGGCCUAUGGAAGUCAAAAUCUGAGGAGGUGGAGGUAGCAAUCAAAUCAGCUCUCAGCGUUGGUUACCGGCAUUUCGACAGCGCCAUGGUUUAUGGGAACGAGAAGGAAGUGGGCCUAGCCUUAAAAUCGGCUAUGAAAGAAAUGAAAACGUCAUCUGUCCUUUUAAUUAGAUUUCAAGUACAACGUAAGGUUGUAGCAAUACCGAAGAGCGUGAACCCUGGUAGAAUUGCAGAAAACUUUCAGGUUUUUGACUUCACUCUCGAUGAACAGGAUUUCAACACCAUUAAAUCUUCACUUCCCAAGUGGAGAGUUUGCGUUGCAGCUAAGAAGGGACCGGAUAAUAAACCUAUUGUUGGGGAAGACGGACGACCAGUACCGAGGGAUGCAGACCAUCCAUUUUAUGCACACUAAGUCCAAGUGGAACAAGAUUUUGAUUCAAUAAAUAGUUUCAUCACACAUUUUUAUUUUUUUAUAGUCUUUUCAUUAAGUCCAUUUCUUUGUAUGUAUUUAAUUGGGUUCUUUUGGAGUUUUUUGCUUCUUUUUUUUUGUUUAUUCAGACUUGUAGGCACUAGGACCAAGGAGAUGGCAAACAGUGAACUUAGCCACUUUUCAAAGUGGCAAUCCCAUCACAAGACCAGGCCCGUAGCCUGACUUAAUUUGUGGGAGGUUCUUUUCGGUGGAAAGUGGACCCUUUGGAAACCAUUAACAAUUUAAAAAAAAAAAAACUGCAGCACAGAGAUGAACUUAGUGAUAUGUUCUUCUGGUUUGUAUGAUCUUCGAUACUCUGGAGAACAUUGGAAAUAUAUCUACGAAUAUCAAUUUUCCGUUUUUAAAUGCAGACCUUCUCCAGUGUUUGGGUGGUUUGUCUUAACCCCUCCCCCCAUGCUACGGGCCUGCAAGUCAAACAUGAAUACAAGAUGCUCUACAUAAAGUAAAUCUAAUUAUGAGGCUGUCUCAUUAUGAGGCUUAGGGAGUGGAGUUGUUUUCAU